ACAUCCAAAUCCGCGAUUCUCUCCCUUUUCUGUGUGAGUACAACACGCAAUAAAGUGUAAUAUCAUCCGAAGCAGCUCCGCGGAGAAAGGCGGUGUAAACCGGGCUCGAAGCGGCGGCGUUGUUCCCAGUACAGUGUUUGCAGCUGAAGUUAGUGCCGCUGGCGGAGUGAUAUAUUUGUUGGUUAUUUACAGUACGUUUUAUACCACGCGCUCAUGAUAUACAGAUCUCGUGAAGAGUUGAAUUUGUUAUCGUUCACAAAUUUCCGCAUACUGUCACGUCUCUGUCAAACCACGAUUGAGUUUGGUGCACCAUAUCCAAUGGUUCCGCCCCUUUGUUUCCUUCUCUGAAUUCUGAUUGGAACAAUGGAACAUCAAUCCCGUCUAAACAAGUGACUGUGAAGACAGAAAGUCACUCAGGUUUGGAAUGACAUGAUGGCAGGAGCGUGCAGUGGUCCAGCCCUGUGGAUGCUGAACAGGCAGGGAGGUUAAACGCAGCGCUGGAACUGAAGACAGCCGCAAAUAAGCAAGUCCUUGGAGAAGGUAUAUAUCAGCAGGGGAUAAGGGUUGGUGUGUUUCAGAACAGAUUAGUGCAGUCGCAGGUUCUCUCCGCUGCACCCUCAUACACGAGACUCCUCAAGCGCUAUCCGACCAAUCAAGCUCUUUUAUUCUCUUCUCUGAUUGGUUUUUAAGUCAUGAUGCAAGAGUCGGGGACAGAGGUGACAAACGGAACAGCCAAUCAGAACGGCGCCCCACCUAGUGUGGAGGGACACAGAGAAGUUCGAUCCAAGAGCGCCACUCCUUCCUCUGACACCACAGCGUCUGACCUCGUCAACUUCCAGCAGCAGCAGGCCUUACAAGUUGCACGACAGAUCCUUCUCCAACAUCAACAGCAAAGCAGUGCCCACAAGUCCCCAAAAAACAAUGACAAGCAACCUCCACCACAGGUCCCAGUUUCUGUUGCUAUGAUGACACCACAGGUCAUAACUCCUCAGCAGAUGCAGCAGAUCCUCCAACACCAAGUUCUGAGCCCACAGCAGCUCCAGCUGUUACUGCAGCAGCAACAAGCACUGAUGUUACAGCAGCAGCAACUCCAGGAGUUCUACAAGAAACAGCAAGAACAACUCCACCUUCAGUUCAUCCAGCAGCAGCAUGGCAGCAAACAGCAGAGUAAAGAGGUGUCUGCGCAGCAGUUGGCGUUCCAGCAACAGCUGCUCCAGGUUCAGCAGCUCCAGCAGCAGCAUCUCCUGAGCCUGCAGAGACAAGGCCUGCUGUCCAUUCAGCCCAACCAGACUCUGCCCCUGCACUCCCUCACUCAGGGCAUGAUUCCAGCCGAACUGCAGCAGCUGUGGAAGGAGGUGACAAACAGCCAUGUGAAGGAGGAGAUCAGCGCGACUAAUAACGGUCACCGGGGUCUGGACCUGUCAUCUCCCUCCCCCGUUCCCCCCAAAAACCACAACCAGCAUGCAUCCACCAACGGCCAGUACAUCAGCCACUCGCUCAAGAGAGAGGGAUCAUCGUUGGAUGAUCAUUCUCCUCACAGUCACCCUCUCUAUGGCCACGGAGUCUGCAAAUGGCCAGGAUGUGAAGCUGUGUUUGAAGACUAUCAGUCAUUCCUGAAACAUCUGAAUAAUGAACAUGCCUUGGAUGACAGGAGCACGGCUCAGUGCAGGGUACAGAUGCAAGUAGUUCAACAGCUGGAACUGCAGUUAACGAAAGACAAAGAACGUCUCCAAGCAAUGAUGACUCAUCUUCAUGUGAAGUCUACAGAGCCCAAACCUGCCCCACAGCCACUGAACCUGGUCUCUAACGUCACCCUGUCCAAGACGGCUCCUGAGGCUUCGCCACCCCUAAGUCUGCCCCAAACGCCUACUACCCCGACGGCCCCCCUCACGCCGCUCUCACAAACCCACUCCGUUAUCACUCCCACCAGCCUGCACAGUGUCGGUCCCAUGCGCAGACGCUACUCGGACAAGUACAUCAUGCCCAUAUCUCCAGAUAUUGUCCAGAACAAAGAGUUCUACAUGAAUGCUGAAGUACGACCUCCUUUCACAUAUGCUUCGCUAAUAAGACAGGCAAUACUAGAGUCGCCAGAAAAACAGCUAACACUAAACGAGAUCUACAACUGGUUCACGCGAAUGUUUGCAUAUUUCAGACGCAAUGCAGCAACAUGGAAGAACGCAGUGCGACAUAACCUUAGUCUUCACAAGUGUUUUGUGCGGGUAGAGAACGUUAAAGGGGCGGUAUGGACCGUCGACGAGCUAGAGUUCCAAAAGAGAAGGCCGCAAAAGAUCAGCGGAAGUCCAGCUCUAGUAAAGAACAUCCAUACCACUUUGGGAUAUGGCCCCGCUCUUUCUGCAGCCUUCCAGGCUUCAAUGGCAGAGAACAACAUACCUCUAUACACUACCGCUUCCAUCGGAAGUCCCACUCUUAACUCGCUUGCCAGAGCCAUCCGAGAUGAAAUGAAUGGGGCCAUGGACCACGGGAACAGCAACGGUAGUGACAGCAGCCCUGGACGCUCACCCCUGCCAGCUAUGCAUCAUAUCAGCGUAAAAGAGGAGCCACUGGACCCCGAGGAGCUCGAAGGUCCCCUUUCCCUUGUGACCACAGCCAAUCACAGUCCAGACUUUGACCACAACAGAGAUUAUGAGGAUGACCACGAUCAUGAGGACAUGCUGUAAGCCUGGUUUCUCCCAGGUCCUCUGCUGAAAAGGCCAUACUAACUGCGGUCACCUGUGAGACCACUCCAGAAAUAGCGAGCCCAAGACUGGAUUCCCAAUCCUCUUGCUGACAGCUAUUAAAAUGUUCCAAUUUACUCUUAGUGCCAUUAAAUACGAAACAAAAUAUGAGAUGAGAAAAUCUAUUCCAUUUGGAAGUAUUUUUGAUUUGUUUCUACUUUUCGGUUUAAAGACGAGAAACGUACGGUUCUACUCAUCGCCUGAUGAAGAGUCGUUUGGUACUGGGGCCUGCUUUUACUUCCUUUUGGCAUAAGUGUCACUGAGACCAGAGCGGACAUGAAAACACAGCUGAGAAAGACUCAUUAAUAAACACUGAUCACAAACUCUCACACACACAAAUCAUAAGCGCUCUGAUGAGCGUGCAACUCACAGUGUGCGUGUACGUAUUUGACUUCAUUCUCGAAAGGACCGUUCCCCCAAAAAUGAAAACUCUGUCAUCAUUUACUCACCCUUAUGUGGUUCCGAACCCCAAUGACAUUCUUUCUUCCAUGAAACACAAAAUGAUUCGUUUUGAAGGGUAUACUUUGUUGCUUUUUCAUAUAAUCAGUAUAAUGAGAGUGAAUGCUCUCCCUGAGUUCAUGAGAGAAGUAGGGUUGUCUGAACUGUGAGCGAAUCACUUCAGAUCAAGUCAGAUCUUUUUAGUGAAGUAGUUGAUGAAGUACAAAAGCAACUGAUUCUUGACUUCAACUCACUGAUCAGUGAUCUGCUCAUGGCUCAAAGAAAGGGAAGGUUUUCAGUGAAUGGUGACUUGCUGUAGAUUUUGGAUUCUUAGUUUCUUACCUGGAAUUAAAGAAAACGAUAUGGAACCCCUUUAUGAUGCUUUUAUGUCGCUCCACUUCUCAUUAAUUGUAACUGCAUGAAAAAGAGCAGCUGGCACACUCUUUAAAAAUGUCUUAUUAUGUGUUUUAUGGAUAAAAGGAAAGUCAUACAGCUUUUGAACAAGAUUUUGAAUAAAUGGCAUUUUUUUUUUUAAGUGCACUAUCCCUUUCAAAUUUGCUGUCAUCACAGCUGGAGGAUAUCUGUCUGGUGUUUUGAGGGUUCCUGGGCAAAUAAUUUAAACGUAGUGUCUUCUCAUCACUCUGUGCUGUUAGCUAUAUAUGGUUUUUUGUUGGGUUUGUUUGUUUUGGUAACUGAUCAGACCUCAUGAAUAAUGGCGUGGAGUUAUGGCAUGCUUAGCACUGGAUGAAUGUUAAGGCUUCUCAUGCUCUCUUUUUUCCUUCUUUCUUUCCUUUACGAAAUUGAAACAGAAUGUCACAUUACCUUGUAGUAUUUUUCUGUCAUUUGCUGCAAGCGUUUCGGAUCACUGCUUUGCAGUCACAUUGCCCUUGCAUGCUGACACACAAACACACACACACUCUUUCCUGCUCAUGAAGUCCAUCUGCAAAUGCACUACUCGUAAUGAAGGCUCCCUCUCCACGCACCAAUGAAGUUUAAUUUUCACGUGGAAUGAAUGACAGAGAAAUCAACGCAGGUUAACGUUUAUCGUUGUGAAAUUAUACUUUCAAAAUCCCCUUUUGUGGUGAUGCAUGUUAGCAUCAAAUCGCUGAUCGAAACCAUCAUCUGUACUGCAAAAUGAAAAGUAAAAAAAAAUUGAAAUAAGCACCAGGGAGAGGAUUGUUAGACAAAAGCUAAUUGUGAUUCCUGAACGUUAUUGUCGGCGUAUAUGAAACUUUUUGCCUUUUUAUUCAACUCUUGUCUAAAAAGACUUUAAACUGCAUUCCUCUAGUUUCAAUAUCGGUCUCGCCACAUCAAUGAUAAGCUCAGUCUCUGUUUUUAGUUACAUGAUAAUACUUACACACGGGAUAAAUGUUAAAGGGAUUAUAAACCGAGGCUGACGGCACAGCCAUGACCACUGAGCAUUACAGCACUGGGGCAGCCCACUCUGACCAUUCGCUUCUUGCCACAUCAACUUGGCUGUUCCAACGCAGGCCAUUUGAAUCCAGGAAGCAGCUCCGAAUUGGAAGCUGCUGUCACUGGCUAGUUUUGAUUCAAAUUUCGGGACUGCGCAAGGUUGAGAACAGACUUUAGAUUAGGCUUCUACAAAUCAUACUGACUGCGUUUUGUUUAGUUUUUUCGAAUGACUGCAAUCAACCACUUUCUGUGUUCUUAUUUAUUACUUCCAAUUCAAUUGUCAUCUUUGUGUUGUUUUUUUUUUUUUUUUUUUUUUUUUUACUUAUGUUGAUGUUUAUGUGUCUUAUCUGUGACUACCAAAGAUACAAGAUACUACAAGUUGAUAUAUUCUAUGUUCCAUGCAAUAGCUAAACGAAAGGCCAAAUAUCCUUAUAGUGUUCCCCGCACUGGCAGGACGCAAUGUCUUUUACUGUGUCUGGCUUAUGUUGAAGAAGAAGAAAAAAAGCCAAAGGGUUGUUCGAUGGGCAGCUGUAUGUCUUUGCCUGUGACCAAAAUAGUAGAGGAGAGGCAGAGAUCAAGACCAACACACGACCAAAUCAAAGCUAUGUUGUCUCUGGGCCAAUGAAAAGGAAAAAAGGGAGUGUUCUAUCAGGAAAUGAUGGCUAUAAAGGAGAAGGAUAUGGAUGAAAGAGUUUAGGACUGUGUUCAGUGUCGUCACAGGAAAUUUCAAUCCAGGAAGAGGGGAAAACAUUUGCAUAACACAAUGUGAAUUGAACUUCAAACUGGUCCACACAAUGAGAGAAGAGUUUCAUUUGUUCUCGUACUUUAGAUUUUUUUUUUUUUUAAUUCUUUGAAAAAAUUGUAUGCCACUUACAUUGUAAAUUUGAAACGAGAUUCCCAAUGUCCUUUUGUUAAACUUGGCAAUGCUCUAUGAUUGUGUUUUUUUGUGUCUGUCAAUUUAUUAAAUUUUAUAUUAAAAAACACUCCUGUCAACCAAUAA